UGUUGAAAAGCCUUAAUGGUACCGCAAACACUCUCUAUUUAUGUAUAGCCCGGUGGCUUUCUGGAGGCGUUGAAGUGGCUAGUAGGCAGGAGAUAAGCUUCAGGAUAGCUGCUAGCAGAUAAGAGAUGGAGGGAUAUAACGUUAACUUGAGUGUGAUGAGAAAAGGUGCCUGGACUCGAGAGGAAGAUGAUCUUCUCAGGCAGAGCAUUGAGAUUCAUGGAGAAGGAAAGUGGCACCAAGUUCCUUACAGAGCAGGCUUAAACAGGUGCAGGAAGAGCUGCAGACUAAGAUGGUUGAACUAUCUAAAGCCAAAUAUCAAGAGAGGAGACUUUACAGAGGAUGAAGUAGAUCUUAUAAUUAGGCUUCACAAGCUUUUGGGAAACAGGUGGUCGUUGAUUGCUGGAAGACUUCCAGGAAGAACAGCGAAUGAUGUGAAAAUUAUUGGAACACUCGAUUACGGAUCAAUUCUCGCAUGAAAACAUUGCAAAAUAAAUCCCAAGAAACGAGAAAGACCAUUGUGAUCAGACCUCAACCCCGAAGUUUCAUAAAAAGUUCAAAUUACUUGAGCAGUAAAGAACCAAUUAUAGACCGUAUUCAA